GAGGAGCUUCUGAGCCUUAGUGGAAGUGGCGGUUGUUUCAGUAUGGCGUCUGUUGCUGAGGGCGCAAACGGCGAUGGAUUUUACUGGAUUCAUGACAAAUCAGAUGAAGAGCAGCCCAUGGGUUUUGUUACAGGGAUGAGCAAGAAUGCCGGUCUGAAGGUUGGGUCUGCAAAUAAUAAAGAGGGAAAGAUAAAAAGAAGAGCUAGCAGCAUGGAUAAAAGUAGGAAAAAAACAGGAUUGCAUUCAGCAGUGCAAAGUGCUGAGAUGAUGAUAGGUAAAGCUUUAGAUCAGAAGGUGCCUUCUGUUAUAUCCAAAUCCAAAAUCACUACACCUGGACCAGAACCGGAUCUGCCUUCUCUCACUUUAUCUCAGCCUCUCUUCAGCGCUGCUCAAGCCAAAAGUAAGCCAUCAUUGAAGGAUCUCUGCCCAGAGGACAAGCGUCGGAUUGCCAAACUCAUCGAGGAGCUGGCCAGAGUUAGUGAGGAAAAAGAGGAGUCUGUACAGAAACUCAGGGAUGAACAGGAGACUUUUGAGAAAAAAAUCCAACAGCUAGAGCAACAAAACCAACUCAUCAUACAAGAGAGAGAAAGCCUGCAGCAGCAGUACCGAGAGUGUCAGGAACUGCUGGGACUCUAUCAGCAAUACCUCUCCCAACAGCAAGAAAAACUCAACAAGUCUAUCACCCUGCUCAAUCAGUCCUGCUCCCAUAGCAAGAUUCCUAGUAACGAGGGGGUGGCCAGGAGGUCUUGGGGUGAGAGAGGAUCUGCUUUAGAUGGAUCUUACUUGGACCUCCCUUCAUCAGGAAUCAAAACUGAUAGAGGUGGGUCAGUAGAGUGCACUCAUUCGUUUUCAGCGGGACCGGUCAGUGCACCCUCCAGCAGCAACCAGAAUGGUGAAAUCCAUGACAGGCACACCAAUCACAAUUCUGAAGCUGGACGUAGUGAUCUCAGGGAAAGGGAACCCUCAGCCUGUGAUGCCCUGAGGCUGCAUGGUGCCUCUGAACCCAAGUGCUCUCAUCAGUGCCACAGAAUGGAAAAUGAUGGCAUGUACGGUGCUAAUCAAACUGGAAUAGCACCACUGUCUGGUCGGGAGAACUGGGAAGAGAAACGACGAUGUUUGCUCCUGCAGAAGAAACAGCUGGAAAUGGAGAGGGAGAGAAUUCAAGCUCGAUUGGCUCAACAGGAAGAGAAACUUUUGCUCCAGAACAAGCAACUCCGCCAGUCAUACCUUCAGUACAGCAAGCUUCAGCAAGCUACCACAACUGACUUUGAGAGACCUCUAAAUGGAGACAGCAGUUUAAAUGAGGGUCAACAAUCCAGUUUUGUAAUGGAUCGGUGGACACACAGAAGUGAAAUAAAAGAAGAGUCACACACUUUGCCGGGAAAUGUUCGACCUUCGUUAAGUAAAAUACAGUCACAGCAACACGCAUCAAAUGUUGAACAGUCUGCAUCCAAGAUUUCACAAGAUAUCUCCAUUAACAAGAAGGAUAUGGCCACCUCUCCUGUGGUUCCACAAUGCUUCCGGACAUCUGCUCUUCCCAAAAUUCCUCCUCUUGGCCUUCCUAGCACUCCAAAGUCUUCGAGGUUGGACGACUCUUUGAUUGAGCUGUUGGACAUUAUCAGUCCUGUAUCCAACCCAGAAAUGAACCGAAUCAACCCCUCAUCCCGGAGGAGUUUCGUCGCACCUCAGUCCUUUCAGAAGACUCUUCUUUCUCCUUUUGGCCCCAAUCGGUCCUCUCUGCAAGACCUGGAGGAGAGUGAGAUCUUAGAAGACAUCUUUUUCAUCUGUUGAAGGGUUAUAAUGGCCAAACAGAUUGAUUGUAGGAAUAACUGAAUUUGAAUGAUCAUUGAUUAUUCAUGUGCUCUUAAUUCUGCCUUUUAAAUCUCUUUUUAGUGUUUUGAGGUAAUUAUGGUCUUAAUUUUUUUUUUUUUUUGUGUGCUAUUGACGUAUUCAAGGUUUAUUUUUGCCUUAAUAAAAUGUUUAUUAAUAAAUG